AUGGCGGGCCCGCGGCAUGUGGACUCUGUGUCCCAUGGAGCGCUGCGGGGGGCCCGGCGCCCGGCCCGCGGCCCCGGCAGCUGGCGGCAGGGCGGCUAGUUCAAGUUGCCAUAGCGGCGAGGUUGUUCAUGAGAACAAAGAGGAAUGCUUAACCAUAAAUAGCUUCAAGACACUGAUGGCAGAGUCAUCCAGUGAUUCAGACAACUUAUUUACAGGUCGGGUUGGAAGGCGGCCUUUGAGAGCAUCCCACAGCAGAGCUCAGAACUAUGGUGCUGAAGAAGUUACAGAGAAGAUCCAUACUUUAGCAAGCACUUUGCAGGAUACCAACAGAAAUCUAAGACACGUUGACCAUUUGCUGGGACAAUACAGAGAAUACAACAAGGAGCAAACCAAAGCAAUAACAACUUUAAAAGAAACACUGGAACAAUCUAUAGGUCAGUUGAGGAGCCAGCGACUAGCACGAAACUCUGGAAUGAGAAGUGCAUCUCUCUCAAGCUUAUAUCCCAGUGACCUGGAUGGAGAAGGAACAUCAGGCAACCGCCACUUCCUGCCCACUUCUCCUCUCAGGGAUUACGGAGACUCACAGGGCAAUAAACACCGAAGGUCUAGAUCUGCAAGCGUUCGGUUUGUCAGUGAGGCAGAUAAUGUGGAGCAGCUGCAUUCUUUCCACCAGUCUCUUCGAGAUCUCAGCAGUGAACAAGUUCGCCUGGGAGAUGACAUCAGUCGCGAGCUUUCAAGAAGAAAUCGGACUGAUGCUGAAUUAAGAAAGACUCUAGAAGAAUUGUCUGAAAAGCUCACUGAGUCCCAAAGACAAGAAACGGUAUCAGAACGAGUAGAGAGGAGACUUCAGGAGAUAGAAGAAGAGAUGCGUGCUGAAAGACAGCUGGUAGAAAGGCGCCAGGACCAGCUGGGCCAUGUGUCCCUUCAAUUACAGGAGGUUUUAAGGAAGCAAGAUGUUAAAGCAGAUGAAACAGAAGAACUCAUGAGAAACAAACUUCUGAAAUAUGAAAGCGAAAAGUACCAGCUUGAGCAGGAAUUGGAGCAGUCCCGGAAAAAGUUGAGUGAAUCUGAAGGCAGUAGAGAAGCUCUUUUGCAUCAGAUUGAGGAUCUUCGUUCUCAGCUUUUGAGAGCAGAAGAAGACCGUGCAGAAUUGCAACAUCAAAUCUCAUAUGCUGCUAUGCAUCAUCGCCAGAGCUAUCAGGAUGCACAAGAUGAUGACAGGAGAAUUAGAGCAGUAGCUGAAAGAUAUGAGAGAGAGAAGCAAGAUCUAGAGAAACAUAUUUUGGAACUUAAAGCAAAGCUGAGUCAUAAUGCUGUAAUGUCAGAGGUAGAAGAACUGAAGAGAUGUAUAGAGCGUAAGGACAAGGAGAAAGCACAGCUUGUAAUGCACAUACAGGUGUUAACAUCUGACCUGGAAAACAGGGAGAAGCAGCAGGAAAAAAUGCUGGACCAGCUAAAGGAGAUACAGAAUUGCUACAAGGCUUGUGAGAGUGGACGUAGACAAACGGAACUCCAGUCUGCUGAGUUAGUUCAACAGGUUGAAGAGAGUACCAAGGAAGCAGAACGGUAUCUCAGUGAAUUCAAGCACUCAGAGGCACUCAGGCUGGAGAUUGAGAAAAAAAAAGAAGAUUUGAAGGUGAGAGCCCAGGAAACCAUCCGCCAGUGGAAAUUGAAGUGUAAGAAACUGGAUCGUGAGGUAGAAAAGCAAAAUCAAACUAUAAGUGAACUGAUGGACAAGAAUAGUCAGGCCCUUAAAGAAAAAGAUGAUCUCAAAAGUCAGCUUCUCUCAGCUAUAAACCAAAUAGAAAACCUGCGGAAGGAGCUGAAUGAUGUGCUUACAAAGAGAGCCCAGCAGGAAGAACUCCUCCACUGUAAAGAGGUAAAACUGAAUGAAAUGGAGUCACACCAGGUAUCUCUUGAAGAAGAGAUCAAAGAAGUUCAAGGUACUGUAAAAAAAUUGGAGAAUGAGUUGAAAAAGCAAGUCUUUCUACAAAAUCAAAUGCAAGCUGAGAAGGAACAGUUGAAGACAGAGCUUGCAACUAUUAACUUGUUUCAUAAAAAAGACCAAGAACGACUCCUAGAAAUGCAAGCAGAUGUAAAACAUUUAAGUGCUGUACGUGUGGAACUGACAAACAGAAUUGCAGAAGAGGAGAAAGCCAAAAAGGAAUUACUUAAGAGCCUCUCAGACCUCCAGAAACAGCAGGAAUCUAGUCAUGAAGAGAUGAUUUCAGCUAACAGGCAGCUGAAGAUGGAAAGAGAAAUUUACCAACAGGAGUUGGCAGAUCUUAGAUCAGAGUUACAAAAUGUGAAAAUCAAACAUGAACAAAAUGUUCAAGAACUCACGAAACUCCUUAAACAGGAAAAAGAUGAUGCAGAGGCUCAGAUUAGAAUGCUAAAGAUGGAACUUUUAGAAGAGAAAAACAUAGUCAAGGCUCAGUGUCGACAACUGGAAAAAAUAAAAGUUGAGUGUGAUAAAUUGACACAAGAAUUAACCCAAAAUGAGGAAGAAAAUAUAAAACUGAAACGGAAAUGUGAGUUUGUAAAACAAGAACUGGAGAAAAAGGAAAAACAGAUCAGCAAUGAAGAAGAUCAUUUGAGAAAGAUGAGUGAGGCCAGACUGCAGUUUAAAGAUCAGCUGCAUCAAUUAGAAAUGGAACAGCAAUCCAUUCUCUCCAUGAUAGGAAGUGAAAUUGAUGCUGCUUGUGAAAUCUUUUCUCGGGACUCCAUGGAGAAAUUCAAAGCAAUAUCCCUUACACCAACAGUACUGAACGAUCCUCAUCGCUGGUUGGCAGAAACAAAGACUAAGCUUCAGUGGCUGUGUGAGGAGGUAAAGGAAAGAGAAAGUAAGGAAAAAAAGCUGCGAUGCUACUUACUGCAGAGCCGAGAACAGCUCAAGCACUUUACACAGAUAAAGGAGACUGAACAUCAGUCUCUCUUUAAACAGAUAAAAAACCAGGAAAAACUUUUGGAAGAAGUUCACAGAGAAAAAAGAGAGCUGCUAGAGAAGACACACAGAAGAGAAGAAGAAAUGGGAGCUCUCCAGGAACGUAUUAUGGCCUUAGAAAUGAGUACCCGAGUGGCUUUAAACCACCUGGAGUCUGUGCCUGAGAAAUUGAGCCUGUUAGAAGAUUGCAGAGAUACUGGAGAGUCCCACUGCCGAAGGGAGAUGAUUGAGGAGAGGUAUAUGAGGUAUAAAGACAUAGUGACUUCUUUGCAGCAGCAGCUGGAAGAUUCAAAGCAAAGAGUUGGGCAAGUCAAGGAUGUGAAAAUGGAUGCUGAAAUUUCUGAUGUAGAAGUGGCUGCUCAUUCUAGCUGGCGAACUCAAAACAGCUUUUUGUGCAGCUCACCACUUUCAAGUUCAGGUUCACUUAUGAAAGGGAUGGUUCCUUUGGAUACAAGUGGCACCAAGGAAGAUUCUGCUAAAGUUGCUCUUAGUGAUAUGAAGCUGCAAGCAGAAGGAGGAAAGCAGUAGAAUAUUUUACUAAACCACACCAGUUUUCUCUGUGUGGUCUCAAAGAGCAAAUUGAAGAAGAAUUUUCUGUCUAAGAAUUCUGCUGUCUAAAGAAAUGCAAGUGUUUCUUAUGGUUCUUGUUUCAUUCUCCUCUCAGCUCCUUCUGGCUGGAUCACUGCUAGAGUGCCUUAAAAGAUUUGCCAAAGCUACCAGGGUACUGUAGCAACAUUAACACCACUCAAACAAUUUUGUUUUGCAGACUUCUGUCAUAUUUAGGAAGCCUAUUUCUUCUCUAAAACACUGUUAUUUUUUAGCACUGUGGGUGUCUCAGGUGUAAUUCACAGGCCAUGAUGUGCCAUCUCAAAAGAGGACUCUUUUUUUUUUCCCAAUACUCUGAUAAAGUGUUCUGUAGUCCCAGUGGGUGGUCUGGACAGUGCACUUCUUGACAAUCACCUUGUGCUGAACCUGUUUCAGACAGAACAGCAUGCUGAGAACAUCAAAAUCAGACACAGAAAGGAGAAAAAUAUUGAGUUUAUUCUCUGUUCAUUUUCCAUGAAUUUAAACUGCUUAAAAAAAAAAAAAAGCUGACAUGGUUAAAAAGUUUUCUUUACCUUUUGUAGUGUAUUGUGCUGUGCAUGGUAGUGCUGGCAUUGGCUUUUUGCAGACUUCUGGCACAUCUCCUCAUUCAGAGGGUCAAGAAAACAAAACAGGCACAUCCAUCUGUUCUGAUCUCAAUGGCCAUGACAGGAACAAGAACAAAAAUCAACAAAUAAACUUCUGCUCUCUACAAAGAGUGUGGCUGUCAUGAAACAGUGUUUAGUUCAGGUCACAGCUACUAUAAACUAAACUUACUUUAAGUGGAUCCAACAUUUGUAAUUUAUUUUUUUUAUUAGAUCAGAGCAGAGGUGGAAAUGUGGCAUUUAAAAUACUUUAACUGGUUUGGUCUGCUGAAACUUAAAAAAUUGCAAAACAAAAUGGUACCAGCUUGCAGACUGUAUGGUACCUAUAAAUUAUGGCCAAAACAUAGACAGUAGAUCAUGUUCUCAAAACACCUUAUGUGGUAGUGAGGUCUGGUGCAUGGAUUGCUGAUGGAUAAGUGUAUACCCUAACUGUUUUACCAACAUUUAAAUGUUUUUGUGACAUGAAAGUAGGUAAAUAAAUGGGCCUUUGAGAGUCUUAGCUGAGAAGUAAUACCAGAAAUAUAAUGUCCUCUCUUUUUCCUAAGGAAUUUGUGAUAAUCAUACCAUUUUAUGUGUUUAUACAUUUUUUCCUGACUUGUAACUUAGAAAUCUGAAAUAAGUAUUCUUAAAACAGGAUCACUACUGCUUUAUAUUGUUAGAGAACUAAGGAUAAGCAGUCUGAUCUCCCUCACUAUUACAUCAAGUAUUGAAUUGACUGCUGUGUUAUAUAGGACAGAAAUUACUACUGAGUGAACAAUUUUGGCUUUAAAACUUUAAGUAUGUUCAGUGUUUAGUAUAUUUGCCUUUGCCUGUGUUCCUGGGUUUUCAUCAGUUUUAUAUCCUUUUAUAAAUUUUCUAAAAGGAUUGGAAGAACAGAAGAGAUGUCAAACCAUGCACACAACAAAAUUCUUACUGAGUAGACUUAGGGACUCCAAAGCCAGGAAAUUCUUUCUUGAAUUUACCCUCUUGGCAUGGCAGUCUUGAUAGCAUGAAAUAUUUGUCUCUCUUCCACCUUUGAUAGAGGUUCAUAUUACAACGUGAAUUUUGUUUCCUCUUUACUGAAGGCUAAAGUUCCAUUCGUGACAUUAUGUGAAACUGUCCCUUUGUGGUUUAAGAAACAAUAUUUUUUCCAUGUUAGUCUGAAAUAAUACUCUUCUGCACAGUUUCAGUUUUUAAAGUAGAAAAGCAGAAAAUUUUUAAAUAUAACCUCUUGUAUAUUUCACAUUUUAAAAAUUGCCAUAUUUUUUUAUACUUUAACCCUUUAAUGACCUGUUACUCAAUUUUUACCCAAAACAGUAAUUUUCAAUAAUCAAAAAUGUGGUAUUGCACACACAAAAAAGGAUGGUUUAAAUUUUUGUUCUGUUUAGCAUUUGGUAAAUCAGGCAAUUUUUUAUGCAUGUACUAAGUACGUACAGAUUUUAUAAGCUAGUAUCAGGCUUUUUUUUUUUUUAAUGCUAUACUGAAAUACAGUGCUUCAAUACUGUGCUUUCAAAAAUGCAUUGGCCCUCUAUUAUAGCCUCAAAUAGCUGUCACAUGAAUAAGCUGUAAAUUUUAUGCCCUUCAGUUCCUAAUGUUUUACAGCAGACUUGAGAGUACUUAAUUACUUUUAAGAUUAUAUUUACUAAAUAGACAAAAUAAUUUAUUUUUAUUGUGUAAUUAUGUCAUCCUAAGAAGAAAUGUCAAAAUAAAAAUAAAAAAUAAAAUUUUACAGUGCAAAACAAAGCAAUUUUCUUACAUUUACUUCCCAAAUUUUUGAUGGAAACCGGUCUUCAGUGAUGGUGAAAGUACUCCUUGGAUAUUCAAAGCUCAGCCACAUUUGUACUAACUAUGGUAGCAAAGUAAAUAAAGAAAAUAUAUUAAAACCCAUAGAACAAAGAAACUACGAUUCUAAAAUCCAUUUCUGAGCUAAGGAAUCUACAUAGCUGUUCAUCUCUGGCUUGCAAGGCAUAGUCUCUGCACUGGGUGGGUAGCACUGAAUGGUUUUUCAUGAAUGAAAAUGCCAGUAUUACUCUGAAGGGAAAUUAGUAGGUAUUAUUAUAAUUUUUAUGGCUGAAUAUUAGAAGUCUGCAACCUGGAUGCGUUCUCAUAUCUACAACAUGCAAAAAAAUUUUUUCAUAAAUUUUUGUGGCACUGCUUGUUACAGUAGAAUUUUACAGUACCCAUGUUAAACUCCUUGUGUCUGCAGUGUGUUAGUAACAAAUUUAUCUCUCUCUUAGCCCUUGAUCUCCCUACAUCACCCCCACAGAUGUAAUUGAUACUGAAUUUAAUGUGAGCUGCAGGUCAAUAUCUGAUGACUCAGCCUUGUCAAAAAUGGAUGUGCAGGAGGACAUCACGCAAAGUCCUGUGAUUUUGAUGUAAUUGUAGAAUUUAGAAGCAGUUGUAGAGGAAAACUAACAGUAGAAGGAAUGGAGAGCAAUUAAUGAUUAAAUUAAAUUUUCAGAAGACUUAUAUUCUUUUUGCCUUAGCUUAAAAACUGCCUUAUAGCUAGUAUUUACAUCUGAAUGAAAGUGAUCCCUAAAUCAAAUUCCAUCUUGGAUAAUUUUUUUUCAUGCUAGAGUACUUUCUACUCUAGCACAACUCAGCUCUUUACUGUAAGCAUGUCUGGGCUGCUGUGAAUAUGAACUUACUUGCUUUUCUAUGUAAAUAACUAAAUUAGAUUUUAAAUCUGAACAAUAUUUUAGAGCUCUGUACAACAUGGCAGAAGCCAAUAACCAAGUUAUUCAAAAAUCUGCAAUGCUUCUGGAAAUGUUCACAGCAAAAAUGAAGGACAUUGCUGCGGUUCAAAUCCAGCAAUAUCCAACUUUUAUCAUUUGUGCUAGCAACAAUAGCUCUCCUGUUUUGAAAGCUAAAGUUGCACUUCUGUCGUUUUUCUGGCUGAAAUACGGAGAUUUUUUUUUUUUCUUCUAAUAAUGACAAAAUCUGUAGUGUGAGAAUAUGAUGUUUUUAAAUUUCUAGUCUUUUUAUUUGAGAAUCUACCAGGUGCUAUUUGCAACUAAAUAGUUUUGGAACACAGUUGUUAACAUGUUUUUGUUAAAUUAUUACAUUUGAAAACAUGAACUCCACUAUCCAAGAGAUAUCUCUUUUAGGAUAAUUUUGCUGUCUGUUUUUAGGGACAUGGCUCCUUGAUAGGUGUUUUGUGUGAGUAAGUAUAACAGUUGUUCUUGAGUAGUCUGUUAUUUUCAUCUCUCUUCACACCAGAGUUGUUUUGAUGUUAGACUGCAUUUCCCAUCUGCCAUCUACAGAGCACUACUAUGUCAGAAGACAUAGCAUCAUUUCUUCACCUACCCACUGUCAAUAAUUUGAUAGUUUAUGUUUCCAAGGAAUUACAUUAGUGUUGAUGGCAGUUUUUUCUUACAAGCUCUUUUCAUAUGAACUCUGACACUCUUACUUGUUUACUAAAAUAAAAGCUACAUAGUAAGUGGACUAACAUCAGGUCACAUGCUGUCUAAUUUUAAAGAUUAUUCCACAGGCCAAAGUAAAUAUUUCUUACUACAUUCAUCUAGAUUUUCUGGUUGCCAGCACUGAUUUUACUAUUGGUUUGUAGAAGGAAAUGGUAAAGGAUAGACUUUGAGGCAAUAACCCUGAACUAUUAUUGAUUCGAGGCAAAAAAAUGAGACUACAACAAAUUUAGGAUAUCUGUCUAAGUGCUUAGUCUAGAACCUAAAAUAUUCAUAUUAAAAAGUAUAUUUCUUCAGUGUGUUAUUAUCAAAUCAUCUUCCUUAUAAACAGUUGUUGACACCGAAAAUAUUUUUGAAAAAUAUUUUACUACUGAAAUUUGCUAAAUGUGAUCAAAAGGAUGUCUGUGUCACUCCCACAGUUAAACAAGCAUUGAACUGGGAAACAGCCCAAUUUAUGUUUCUGGCAUGAGGCUCUUGACAGAAACCAGCAGUGAUACAGUUUUUUACUUAGUGUGGAAAAUGAUGAAGAUGAACUGUGUUUUGAUGGUGGCCAAGAGAACACUUUGCAUCUGUGGCUGUUUGGUGUAGGGAGCUCAUGUGCAACUUUUUUGUUGAGGCUUUCACUGCCGGGUGCAGCACUGACUGUACCAUUUCACUCAAACAGCUGCAACCAUGAAGACAUCAUGGAGCUGGCAGAACUUUUGUUACAUGUUU